CAAUAGUUGCCUUCCAAACAUUCUCAUAAAUUAGUUCUGGUCAGGUCUUUCGGUGGAAUUUGCAUAAUUGUUUUACAAUAUAUAACAUCGAUUCAUCAACUAGCAUAUCGUUGGCGCCGGUUCGGAAAGGCAUAAAUACCUUUGGGACCGUUGAUGUUUGGAAAAAUCGUUUAAAAUGACGAAGGUUCUCACUAGACAAGGAAAACUUAAACAGGUCGAGCGAAAUGGUGCGACGAUAUCACACGAUCUAGAUAAUAGUAAUUACAAAAAUGGGUCACCGAAAGAAGGAAAAACUGAUGACGUCUACCACUACUCUACUUUAUUACGUGAAGAUCAAAUCCCACAAGCUUUCCGCACUGAGUUUCUUGUGUCAAGAUACCGGCCGCGAAAUCUGACCGUUCUUGACAGUGUAAAAAGUGUUUUCUACGCCAACAACGAGACAGUGAAUUUCUGGAGCCAUUUUCUUUCCUCCGUGAUACUCAUCGCUCGCUACUGCUCAGUGGUGUGGAACCACAAUCCUUCCACUGAUCAUUUUUAUUUUCCACUGGCAUCGUUCACCCUCGGCUGCUGGACUAUGUACACGAUGAGUUGUGUGGCCCAUAUGUUCAGCUCUAUGACUGAGCUACAAACUCACGUCGGGUACUACCUGGAUUACGCAGCUAUCAGCGUGUACACAUUCACCGCCGGUCAAGCCUUCUAUUUUUACUGCCAUCCGCUGGGAUCUGGGCUCCUUUUGUACGACUGGUGGGAAUUGUUCUUAUUCGUUUCAGCCCUGAUUUCGUUUAGUGCCACCUUCAACUGUUGCAAGUCUCGCCAUCAGUGGCUCAAUCUCCGUUUCAUCGUCCGCACCGGUUUCUACAUCCUCUGCUGGAUGCACAACUGUUCACCGUACUUCGUUCGUCUGUUCGUCUGCUCUUCUGAUCCUGCAUGCAAUCCCGAUUCUUUUCGUCUCUUCGCCGGGUGUCUUCUCUCGUUCGCGGCCGCUGCUGUAGUGAAUGUGACCCGAGUACCUGAACGGUUCGUUCCUGGGUUCUUCGAUUUUAUCGGGCAAAGUCACAAUUUUCUUCAUAUACUUACCACUAUCGGUGACCAUUUUGCAUUCUCCGUUUUCCUUUCGGAUCUCGCAGCCAGGAAAGAAUUCCUCAUCACAGAACACAUACCAAAUUUUUUCGAGACGAUUGGUUUAAGUCUUUUAGUUUUGGCUGGGAAUCUCGCUAUCGUGUUCUGGUUUGCUAGGUCUUUAUUUUCGAAUUCAUCCGGUAAAAUUGGGCACGAUAAAUCUGCAUAAAUUGAAUUUUUAAAUUUGUGCAAAGGAAGGCGAGAACUUCGCCUGUGUUGCAACUACUUUAAUUUAAUGGAAGUGGAUGCUCCUUGAAAAACAAAAUUUUUGUUAAGGUGCCUUUGUUUUUCUCUAGAGGAACACAUGAACAUUGUAAAUAAGAACAAAAAGUUUGUUUUUAACCGUUGAGAUACAUCAAGUAUGAAUUUAACCGAAUAUUUUUUGUAUGUUACUGAUUUAUUGACAUGAAAUUGUGAAACGAUGUUUUAUAUCACCAAGGCAAUUUGUCUUCUUCAGAAGCAAGUAAUAACGAUUUGACCUUUUUAUGAGGUAUUUAUAGAUGUAAUUAUAGGUAUUUGAAUUCAUUUUUUACAGGUAUCAAUUGCUUGUUAACACGCUAUUUUUGUAAUGUAGUGUCCAUGAAAAUUGCUUUAAAAUGGACUUUUACGGGCAUAGUACCUUUGAGUUAGUUGUGAAUUGACUUCAUGAUGGUUAGUGGUUCUAAAAUUUUUUUAUCAUUGUGGUUAUACCACACUUUGAGACAGCUUUCGUAGUCUAACUCCAACUGUUGUCCGAAUAACUGCUUUUAACUCACGCACAGUAAAAAAAAAAAACUCGUAUUAGUAGCUCCCUUUAAAUGAACGAUUCAAAAAUAGAAAAAUUGAAAAAAACACUCUCUUCUGUCCCCUCGCUUUUAAGGGCGCGUUACGAACAACUAAGGACGAUGUCUAAUAAGAAAGGAUAAGGUAUUGGCUUUGAUUAUUUAUCUUGUUUAUCACUCUCGUCCGUCCUUUCUUCCAAUAACUGAUAAUAGCUUUCAACUGAAUCAUUGCAAUACGGAAACCAUUUGCCUUUCCUCUACUUAGUGCUUAAGUGUACUUAGUGUAAUAUUAUCAGAUUCGCCGCAUAUUUGCCCAUUUGGUACCGACCUUUUUCUAACUUGUUAACAUGUUAAGUUUGGAAAAACAAUCACAACGACCGACUGUGUCGACGGUACUCAGUUAUGUUAUGAGCGCGGGACAAAGAAAAAUUUUAAGUCCCUUAGAAGGGAUUGAUCUCCAGACCUUUCCCUGCGAUCCUUCGCCACCAAUAUGCAGAAGACUCAUUAGUAUGCUAGGCUAUGAUUAGGUUGAUGUGUGACAAGUGUCCUGUUUACCAUUAGGAAAAGCAACAUCACGAAGUGUCAUGUGUGCGAAUAGAUAAGUGCAACCGAGCCCAACACUUACCACCUUUCUAUUCUAUUCAUAGUUAAUGUUGCUUUUUUUUUUACGAAAUUCUGCAUCAUGAAUU